AUCGGUAGUAGUCCGCGCGGGCUUUUCUGUAAUAGUCUUUCAGUACUGUACGGGUAUACGUUUUGUUAGAGACGUUUAUCACUCUUUUACGAAAUUUAUCUGUUUCCAUUUAAUCAUCGUCAUUAAUAUAAUGGAGUAGUGUAAUUUAAUUCUUAAAUAGUAGUUGGGAAAAUGUAUAAGUGAAUGAAUUGUUAAGUUUUUAAAGUUUAUCCAUUUAAAAAAUUUAUUCAAAGUAAUCAAGUACACAAUUGUUCGAGAAAUAAAAAUGAAUAAAAAAAGGUAAAAUGGUUGAAGAUUGAUUUCCAGACUUUCCAUUUCAAAUCACGAUCUAACGAUGCGUGACGAUCAAGGACGCAGUUGACGACAUGGAUGGUGAAAAUAGGAUCAUAUUGAACGUCGGCGGCAUCCGGUAUGAAACUUAUAAAGCUACGCUCAAAAAAAUACCGGCCACGAGACUCAGCAGACUUACCGAAGCUCUAGCAAACUACGACCCUGUACUCAACGAGUAUUUUUUUGAUCGACACCCAGGCGUUUUCGCUCAAGUACUUAAUUAUUACAGAACGGGUAAACUACAUUACCCGACAAACGUUUGUGGUCCAUUAUUUGAGGACGAAUUAGAAUUUUGGGGUCUGGACUCAAAUCAAGUAGAACCCUGCUGUUGGUCAACUUACAGCAUUCACAGGGAUACACAGGCCACUCUCGCUAUACUUGACAAAUUAGAUAUAGAUUCUGAGAAACCAAACGAAGAAGAAGUUGCUAGAAUGUUUGGGUACGAAGAAGAAUAUUUUGCCGGUACUCUAACUCCUUGGCAACGGACCAAACCAAAACUUUGGGCACUUUUCAAUGAACCUCAUUCAUCUUUAUCAGCUAAAAUAGUAGCAGUGAUAUCAGUAUUUUUUAUAUGUGUUUCCGUAUUAUCAUUUGCUUUGAAAACUCAUCCUGAUCUUCGGGUAGCAACGCUUAGAAACGUAACUGUACCGAAAGAUCGACCACCUGCUCCAGGCAAAAACCCUCCGUUGGAAUGGAUUCUGAGUAAAGACCGAACUGAUCCACAUGAAGCUUUUUUUUACGUGGAGCUUGUCUGUAAUGUUUGGUUCACAUUCGAACUUUUAGCUAGAUCUAUUGUAACUCCGAAUUUUGUAAACUUUGUCAAAUCUCCUGUAAACAUUAUUGAUUUUGUAGCAACUUUAAGUUUCUACACAGACACAAUGCUCCAAAAUACAUUAGCCCAGCGUUUUGAUAAUACUGAAAUCCUAGAAUUUUUUUCUAUUAUCCGAAUAUUAAGGCUGUUUAAACUUACAAGGCAUUCUCCUGGGCUAAAGAUACUCAUACACACAUUCAAAGCCUCCGCUAAGGAACUUACUUUGCUUGUAUUUUUUUUGGUUCUGGGCAUUGUUGUGUUUGCAAGCCUAGUGUAUUACGCUGAACGGUUACAGGCGAAUCCACAAAAUGACUUCAAAAGCAUUCCUGAAGGCUUAUGGUGGGCCAUUGUAACAAUGACUACAGUAGGAUAUGGUGAUAUGGCACCCAAAACAUAUAUGGGAAUGUUUGUGGGAGCUUUAUGUGCCUUAGCUGGAGUACUUACCAUUGCAUUACCUGUUCCUGUUAUUGUAUCAAACUUUUCAAUGUUUUACUCACAUACUCAGGCCCGUUCAAAACUUCCCAAAAAAAGAAGAAGGGUCUUACCUGUCGAACAACCUCGUCCAAAACGAUGUGAUGCUGUUUGUGCGGGUGUUAUGGGUGCUGCUGGAUUAAUACCGGGAAAUAGAAGAAUGGCUGCUGUAACUACUCCCGGUGCCAUAUUGAAAGAUCCAUUACCAUUUGCUACGCCUAAGUUAGGUAAUUUGAACGGGAUGAAUGUAUUGAGUAUGGCAUUUCAAGCGCCUAAAAUACCUGGCAUUUCUUCUCAGUCCUUUUUACCAUAUAAUUCUCCAAAAAUAUCAGGUCUUCAAGAUACAUAUUCAGGAAGCGUAUUGAAUGGUCGUGGUGGAACAGUAGCUCCUGCGCCACUUCAACCACGAGCUGCAACAAUUGAAUCUGUUUUUUUACCACUACAGCCAAGUCUUCUGGCAUCCUUUGGUGAAGAUCCCAGGCCUCAAGACAUAGCAAUGCAGAGAACAUCAUCAUUACCAGCAUCAUCAGGAAUUGACUCUGUUAACCCUUCAUCUUCGUGAACAUUUUGCUCAUAAA